AUCCCACUCAUCUCCUCUGCUGUCCAAAUCGUUUUCGUUAUUCAGCAAGUCCCUGGACGCCCCUAAAGAGGACUCGUGAUUGUCAACUUCUGCAUCGCUUUCGUGUCUGUUCACCGAGCCGUACGGCAGGUCUCAGAGUCUCAAAAGUGGAGGACAGACGACUGCCUGCGGAUUUGAACAAUCUUCCAGCCUGAAGAGCUUACAGCCUAUAAUGCCAUUACAAUCGGAGAGCUUGGAGGUGUUAACGCAGAAAAUUCAAGAUGAAGAAGCAGUUCAAUCGGAUGCGACAGCUCGCCAACCAAACGGUGGGAAGGGCAGAAAAAACAGAAGUGUUGAGCGAGGACCUUCUACAGGUGGAGAAGCGUCUGGAUCUGGUCAAGCAGGUGACACACAGCACUCACAAGAAGCUGACUGCCUGCCUGCAGGGUCAACAGGGGACUGAUGUGGAGAAGAGAUCUGUAAAGUCGCCUUCUAAAAAACUACCGCUCACAAUCCUGGCACAAUGUAUGGUAGAAGGGGCUGCAGUGUUGGGAGAUGACUCUCUCCUGGGGAAGAUGCUGAAGCUGUGUGGGGAGACAGAGGAGAAGUUGGCCCAGGAGCUCAUCCAGUUUGAGUUCCAGAUAGAGAGGGAUGUGGUGGAGCCUCUGUAUGUGCUUGCUGAGGUGGACAUUCCCAAUAUCCAGAAGCAGAGGAAGCACUUAGCUAAACUUGUUUUGGACAUGGACUCUGCCCGGACAAGAUAUCAGCAGUCGUCCAAGUCGUCCAGUCACCCGAGCACUCUGCAGCCUGGUGCCAAGUCCGAGUCCCUCAGAGAGGAGAUGGAAGAGGCAGCCAAUCGGAUGGAGAUUUGUAGGGAUCAGUUGUCAGCAGAUAUGUACAAUUUUGUGGCCAAAGAAAUCGACUAUGCAAAUUACUUCCAGACACUGAUAGAAACACAGGCAGAAUAUCACAGGAAGUCAUUAGAGAUUCUUCACAGUGUCCUGCCCCAGAUUAAAGCUCACCAAGAGGCGUGGGUGGAGAAGCCGUCGUUCGGCAAGUCUCUGGAGGAACACCUGAAUAUUAGUGGGAGAGAGAUUGCUUUCCCCAUCGAAGCCUGUGUCACCAUGCUGUUAGAGUGUGGCAUGCAAGAAGAGGGCCUCUUCAGAGUGGCUCCGUCAGCCUCCAAGCUGAAGAAACUGAAAGCCUCCCUGGACUGCGGAGUUCUGGAUGUGCAGGAGUACUCCUCUGACCCACACGCCAUCGCAGGAGCUCUGAAAUCAUACCUCCGUGAGCUCCCCGAGCCAUUGAUGACCACUGAACUUUAUGAUGAAUGGAUUCAGGCCUCCAACAUUCAAGAUAUGGACAAGAGACUACAAGCAUUAAUGGCAACGUGUGAAAAACUCCCCACAGACAACUUGAACAAUUUCAGAUAUCUAAUCAAAUUCUUAGCCAAGCUGAGUGAGUAUCAAGACGCAAACAAGAUGACUCCCGGCAACAUGGCGAUUGUCCUCGGCCCUAACUUGCUCUGGACACACACUGAACCAAACAUGACAGAGAUGAUGACCACCGUGUCCCUACAGAUUGUUGGCAUCAUUGAGCCUAUUAUCCAGCAUGCUGACUGGUUCUUCCCUGGAGACAUUGAAUUCAACUUGACAGGCAGCUAUGGCAGCCCGAUCCACACCAACCACAACUCCAACUACAGUUCCAUGCCCUCACCAGACAUGGACCAAUCUGAUCGCAAGCAGCAGCACGACCAGAGCCGACGCCCACUGAGCGUUGCCACUGACAACAUGAUGCUGGAGUUUUACAAGAAGGAUGGUAUGGGUGUCCGGGUUAUGGAUACCUCCUGGGUGUCUCGUAAGGGUUCAUCCACUCUGGCACGCAAGGCCUCCUCCACACCCCCAGGCAUGCAAGGCCCCGGCUCUCCUGCAGACACACUCAUCCCCGAGCAGCCUGGAGAGCUCGCCACUUCCCCGUCCGCGACACCGCCACCUGGGGAGAGGUUUUGCUCAGACGUGUCGCCCAAUCGGCCGGACACCUCUCAUGCCCACCCACCCCCAGGGGAGGACCGGCCACCCCCCCCUUACCCCACCUCCUCGUGCCACACUCUCCCCCACCACUUUUAUCCCAAACCCCCACCCUGCGCUCGCCCUGUGGCACCGGGUCCAGAGUCCCAGCCCCCUGGCUCACCCCCACCCCCAAUGCGCUGGUCUGGCUUCACUCCCCCAGCCCCGCCCCCUUCCUCUUCUUCUUCCUCCUCCUCCUCGUCACUUGACAUCAAUUCGAACCCCAAGCCCAGCUGUCUGCACUUCCCCAAGCACAGUCCACCUGGUGACAUGUCGCAUGCCCCCCCACCAGACACUAAUGCUUCACCACUCUACAUCAAAACCCCCUUGGUACUAACCCGCCAUGACCAGUCCCUUGGCAACCCCCCUAGCCUCCCUUCGUCCGCACCCCCGCCCCCGCCGUGGGCUGCCUGUCCAUGUGCCCGAGAGAGAGGACCCCCCAGGCUGACUAGUUCAUUGAAGAGUAAAGAGCUCUCCCCUGUAAUUGGACACAAAGCCAUCCAGGUGGCAGGCCCAACAGUCCCUGCCAGCAGCAGUCCUCAGAGCAGCAGCCAGUCCCCCCACUCUACAGAGCACAGUCCACACACCCUGCGCAAAGGUUCCAAGAAGUUGGCCCCUGUGCCUCCCAAGGUCCCCUAUGGCCAGUCUGGCGGGAUGUCCGACCAGUCCACAGGUCAGCCGUCACCGGUCAGCCUGUCCCCAACACCUCCUAGCACCCCCUCCCCUUAUGGACUGGCCUGCCCUCCAGGGCAAGUGCCCCCAUCUUCCCCUGGGCAGACCCCGCUGGGGGCGCCCCACUCCCUUUCGUCCCCGCCCUCCCUGACCGGAACUCUCACCAAGUCUCGGCCAACCCCUAAGCCCAGGCAGAGACCCAGCCUGCCCCCUCCUCAGCCGCCCACAGCCCCUCCGGGGCUCACUGGCCCGGCCACAGCCCCAGUCCCCCAGCCCCUGGAGCAGGGCCUCCUGGAUGGACUGUCUCCUGGGGAGAGCAUGUCUACAGGUAAACAUCAGCCCUUGGCACCAACACCCCCGCCACCACCACAGGUGGGGCUGCAGAGGCCCUCUCUCAGACUCGCUGUGGCCCUGUCCAAUGGAGACGGUGGACGAGUGUAGGACUCUGUAGGACUUGUCAUUGUAGAUAUAAGAGAUACCUGUCCCCCUUUAUUGACUGUUUCCAAACGAAUGUCUGAAUGAAUAAAAGUUGCCUUUUAGACACAGAUGCCUGACAAUGAUACAAUGUAAAUAUUAGCAUUUUUGUGCUAUUGUAGUGAGCAAAUCUCCUGACCUAUGUAUUCAUUGCUUGUGUUAUGUGAUGAUGUUUCUGGGUAAUGUGUGGAAACAUCAGAGAAGCAUAGCUCGUCCUGCUUGUAUGGAAGUUGCCAUUAGAUUCAUCAUGUGCUCUCUGUUUAUCUGUGUUACCCAGACCCUCACUCGGCAGAGGUAGGUCAGAGGCUUACACGGUUCACACCAGUCCAGUCUCUCUUACUGCGUAGCAGGCGUGGAAACCUAGCCAGACAAACCCCACAUUAUAUCUACAGUAUGAUGUUCUGAUGAUGAGGUGUUCUGUCAAUAUAUACCAAUCAUUCUGUCACUUUGUUAUAUUUAUCAUUCUCUUGUUCCCCCUGCUACUAUUGUGUACCUUGCAGCUGUGUGAGGCCAGGGAUUCAGUGUGGGCUAAGUGUGAGGGGGACAUUUAGGGUAAGCCAGACCGCCCCCGCCCCAUGCGCUCCAUCUCACUGCCUGGCCUCGUGCUGUGGCUGCCUCUGGGGUCUCCUGCAGCCUGCCUCAAACGUACCUACCUGUAGCUCUCAAUCAGAAAAUCUUCCCUAUUCCCUGUUAGCAGGUUGACAUUAUUGACUCUUUGCAUGGUGUUGUGGUUCAACCAGUAAUGCAUGGCUUAAGGACUUCCCAGAGUGCACCACACUGCGCUCACAUUGCAGACACCGUCGCUUAUAAAGGUCCAUCUUAAAGCGCCCCCCACCCCCCCUUUUCGUUCCCCAUUCCCAGCCCUGUGCCAGCAGACAUCCCCCUCUAACGCUUCUGCCACCGGUAUCAGGGGGGGCCACAGGUAACCCCCAGUCCUCCUUUGGCAGGUUCAUCGCUUUUUAUAACCCCUGCUCCCUCUUACUACACUGCCACACUCCAUCUCAUUCCUACACAGGAGUAGUCAUCAGUCUCUGCUUGAACCUGCUGCUUUCAGUAAAUGCAGCCGUAUUUUAGAACAUAUCUAUAUUUAGAACAACUGUUCAGUCUUCAUGAGAUUUCCAUUGUUACUUCAAGCUCACUUGGUGUCUUGGUGCCAUUUUUUCACAGAGUUCCACACACAUCUUGUUGCCUCUGUGUUGGUUUAUCCGGCCAUUGUUGUAAACGUGUACAGUAAUGUGUCACUGUGCAGUCAUUUUAACCUGUUAUUGUAUUUUACCUGACAAAAUAUCUGUUGUUGUUGUCUCAAAAGACACAAAAAGCUGUGACAUACCACACUAGUCGCCACCAAGUUUGUUCAGGUGUGACUAGCAACACACUGAAAACAUCCCUGUGUAGAAUGUGAAGCACAUGUAAUCUGCUGAUUCUUUCAAUCAGGGCAGACAUCAUAUGCCGCUUACCAUGAGUUCAGACUCAAAACGAUUAAUAUUAUUUCUGCUCUCUUCCGUUUUUACACCUCAUUAUCAUCCUCAUACGCCUUCUUCUCCUCCUCCUCUUGCUCAUCAUCACCAUUUUCACCAUUCUGCUCAUCAUACUCACCUUUCCCACCAUGCUCACCAUUAGAUAUCUUCAAUUAUGAAAUCCCUUCCAUCAAUGUCAAUCUGGACAGCCUCAUCGAUGAGUUCAGCGGUGCCCCCUGCAGGAGGUCCCUGGCAGUGACAGACUCUCCAGAGGGGGAUGCUGUGCCUGAGGAGGAGCCCCAGAGCACCACUCUAUGACCUAUGACCCUAAGGCAUCACAGCUUACCAGCACCCCUAUGGCUGUACAUACUCUUAAUUGUCGCCGCCAAGGCCUGAUGGAAACACCAAUUGGCCUCACCAAUGCCCACCUGAAACCAGAACUUGAACCCUCCCUCACAUCUGCUACAGGCUGCAAAGAAACUCGUCUCUUACAAUUGCUCGCUAGUACUUAAAUGUGACUACAAAAAAAAAAAAACACCAAAAUGCCAUAGUGGAGGAACAGUUGCCUUUGGAGGAAAGACUGGAAUAUAGAUGAGUAUAACAAGAUUUUUUCAUUAGUUUUUUCUUUUUUUUUUGCUAUGCUUUGUUCAUCUUUGUUGUUUGAUGCAGUGGUAUUUUCUGUGCAUAUUUCUCAAUUUCUUUUUGCCUUAUUAGAACAUGCAAUCAAAUUGCAAUAUGAUAUUCAUGAGUUGUAGAACUUUUGGUUAAGGAAACUCAGAGCCUGACAUGGUUAGGAGCAAAGACCAUCCUCAGGGUGAAACAGAGAGACAGAGUGAGAGGGUAAUCUGGUUAUAUUAUUCACAGGGUAUUCAAGCUUAGUGCACAUUAGGAAAAUGCUGAGCCCAGCUUGGUUUCGCAUGCAAGAUGAGACAUUUAAUGCAGUUCGAUUCUUAUCAUCACACACAAGUUUUGAUUUCCCCUCUUCUAUCCCACAUUGCAACUGUAGUUCUUUACCUGACAUUUACCUUCAUAUAGGUAAACUCACUUUAACUCACUUUAUGCCAGCACAGUAUGAGAAGAAUGUCGCUGUAAAUUCAAGUUUUUGAACUUGCACCUGUUAUUUAGUUAUGAAGAAAGCACCAGGAUGUGUUUGCAUGACAAGCCAGUGUGAUCGAACUGCUUCGGAUCAAGGGCCUCAGAAUGGCAGUGUUUUACUUUGUGUGAGUGUUUUUGUUGUUGUUGUCCUUGCAGAGUAAAUUUAGACCACCCAUGUGCUGUUGCAGCUUGAUGAUCACGGAUGGAUGACUUCACUGCCUUUAGGUUCAAAUGAUUCUCUCUCUCUUAACCUUGUUUCAAGUGCUUCAGGUUCAGUGACCUUUGACCCCUAGUGUAAAUACAAAGACUGUAUAUAAAUUGAUGUAUAUAAAUCUGAGAGGAAAAGUCUAUGUAAAAUGCAUAUCUUGAAUAUAUAUAAUAAUAAUAAUAUAUGUGCUGAUAUUUAUCAUGUGUAGAAAAUGUAAUGAUUAAAAAUUUGGUGUUAUUUUUUUCCCUGCACACAAUGAACAGGUCUACUGUAGAUUCACAGUCUUUCACCAGGUAACAACGAUGCUGCAGCAGAAAUGCAGAAUGUUAUUUCUGCUAGAAAUCAGUUGUGGUCUUUCUAAUUCUGUCUCCUAAGCUUUGACUUCAGACAUUUUAGAGCGCUAAUAAGUUACACGCCAAUGCCGUAUCUUUCCUUCUUUUUUAAUCAGUUAUUUAAUAGAUUCCUGUGUAAAUAAUUAGAUUACUUUGA